UCAGUGAACGGUCAGUUAGGAGGCUGUAUGUUUGUAUUUGUGGUAUGACGUCUGUUCCUUUCUCUUUUGUCCGCUCUGUGGAGUUCUGGAGUUGGUUCAGGAUGGCGGUGUGUGUUCUGCCUGUGGUGUUGGUUGUGAUGGGAGUGUAUGUAGACUACACACACACUGCAGACCGCUGUUCUAUACUCACUGUUUCCAAUGACUCCCUGCUGGUGGAGUACGGAGAACCUGUUAAAGUGAACUGCUCCAUACCAUCCGAACCUUCAUCAGUGUACAAGCUGGGCUGGGAGUCUCAGAUUCUUCCUGUCCAAACUGACAGUGAGACCAGUUUGGUGUGGACAUCGCCCAAUCUGACAGAGUGGGAGGUGAACGGAAGAGAGAUGUUCUGUUACCUGUCAGUGCCGAAUACAGAACAAUGUAAACGGAAGGUCCAUCUGACGCUUUACAAGCGUCCAGACAGUGUGAAUAUCAGCUCUGAGUCCAGCGUGUGGUCAGAAGGUCAGAUGAUGAAGCUGAAGUGUGAGAUUGAGAAUGUGGGUCCAUUACAGAACCUUACUGUGCAGUGGACCAGAGUGGACCAGAACAACAUCACAACAGUGACUGAAAUGCCGUAUGGAAGUUUCAGCACUUCUGGAGAGGAGAGGAAGAACGGGAAUGUGACGUCCACACUGACUGUCUCGGCCAGCCGUGAUGAAGAUGAUGUGCAGUAUCAGUGUGCAGCUCUACUGAGGUUGGAUCAGCUCCAACAACCGCAAGUGGGAUCAUCAGAACCUCUGAACAUCACAGUGCGCUACAAGCCCAUCAUAACACAACCUUCCAAAGGUAUCCCCAAUUCCGUAAUUAAGGGCAAUAAGCUGGUUCUGAACUGUUCAGCUCAUGGUAACCCCAGUCCUCAGUAUUCCUGGAGCUCACCUGGAAACAAGAACCUCACAACCUCCUCCAUCAUCAUCAGCAGUGUCCAGUCAGAGGAUCAGGGACAAUACAGCUGCACUGCCUACAACGAUGAAGGCUCUGAUUCUAUGAAUGUUACAGUUAAUGUUUUAGAGCAUCCGCACACUACGAACUUAAGCUCUGAGUCCAGCAUGUGGUCAGAAGGUCAGAUGAUGAAGCUGAAGUGUGAGAUUAAGAAUACAGGACCAGUGCAGAACCUUACUGUGCAGUGGACCAGAGUGGACCAGAACAAAAACAGAACAGUGACUGAAAUGCCGUAUAGACGUUUCAGUAUUUCUGAAAAACAGAAAGGGAGCAUGGAUGUGACAUCCACACUGACUGUCUUAGCCAGCCACGAUGAAGAUGGAGUCCAGUAUCAGUGUGCAGCUCUACUGAAGCUGGAGCAGCUCCAACAACCGCAAGUGGGAUCAUCAGAACCUCUGAACAUCACAGUGCGCUACAAGCCCAUCAUAACACAACCUUCCAAAGGUAUCCCCAAUUCCGUAAUUAAGGGCAAUAAGCUGGUUCUGAACUGUUCAGCUCAUGGUAACCCCAGUCCUCAGUAUUCCUGGAGCUCACCUGGAAACAAGAACCUCACAACCUCCUCCAUCAUCAUCAGCAGUGUCCAGUCAGAGGAUCAGGGUCAAUACAGCUGCACUGCCUACAACGAUGAAGGCUCUGAUUCUAUGAAUGUUACAGUUAAUGUUUUAGAGCAUCCACACACUACGAAGUUAAGCUCUGAGUCCAGCGUGUGGUCAGAAGGUCAGAUGAUGAAGCUGAAGUGUGAGAUUAAGAAUACAGGACCAGUGCAGAACCUUACUGUGCAGUGGACCAGAGUGGACCAGAACAAAAACAGAACAGUGACUGAAAUGCCGUAUAGACGUUUCAGUAUUUCUGAAAAACAGAAAGGGAGCAUGGAUGUGACAUCCACACUGACUGUCUCAGCCAGCCGCGAUGAAGAUGGAGUCCAGUAUCAGUGUGCAGCUCUACUGAAGCUGGAGCAGCUCCAACAACCGCAAGUGGGAUCAUCAGAACCUCUGAACAUCACAGUGCGCUACAAGCCCACCAUCACACAACCUUCCAGUGGUACCAUAUCGCUAACUCAGGGUGAUCAGCUGGUUCUGAACUGUUCAGCUCAUGGUAACCCCAGUCCUCAGUAUUCCUGGAACUCGCCUGGAAACAAGAAUCUCACAAUCUCCUCCAUCUUCAUCAGCAGUGUCCAGUCAGAGGAUCAGGGUCAGUACAUCUGCACUGCCUACAACGAUGAAGGUUCUGAUUCACUGACUGUGGUGGUUAACGUUGCAGUGGAAUACAAGCUGAUCAUCAUCAUCAUUGCUGUCUGUGCUGUGGUUGGCGUGGUGUUGAUAAUUGGAUUUUGGUAUUACCGACACACCCAGAACAAAUGGAGGAACCUGGCAUCACAUAGAAACAAUGAUAAUAUAGCCCUCAGCGAUGAUAUUGCUGGUCAAAGCUAAUUAGGUUGUAAAGAGCAAGGAGAUGCAAUUUGCCACCAUGCUAACAUUAGUUAGCUUGAUUACACGUCUGAAAAAUAAACUUGUGUCCAUAAUUUCUCAUUAAGCGUGGUUGGUGUAGUGUAGUGGUUAACACCUCUGCCUUCUACACUGUAGACUGGGGUUCAAUCCCCACCUGGGAUGCACCCUACACUAUACCAAU